AUGACAUUAGAUCGAUUUUUGCUACUGUUUCUACUCUGGGUAUGCUUGCCACACUUCUGCUCUCCAGAGAUAAUGUUCAGAAGGACUCCUGUGCCUGAGCAACGAAUUUUAGGUCCACGCAUUCCUAGAAGUGAUGGCAAAAUUCUGCAUCGUCAAAAACGUGGUUGGAUGUGGAAUCAGUUUUUCUUGCUGGAAGAAUAUACAGGAUCUGAUUAUCAAUAUGUGGGAAAGCUUCAUUCAGACCAAGAUAAAGGAGACGGAUCACUCAAAUAUAUUUUAUCUGGAGAUGGAGCUGGUACUCUUUUUAUUAUUGACGAAAAAACAGGUGACAUUCAUGCCACAAGAAGAAUUGAUAGGGAAGAAAAGGCCUUUUAUACUCUACGUGCACAAGCUAUUAACAGAAGAACUCUGAGGCCAGUAGAACCAGAGUCUGAGUUUGUGAUCAAGAUCCAUGAUAUCAAUGACAAUGAGCCAACCUUCCCAGAGGAAAUUUAUACAGCUAGUGUUCCUGAAAUGUCUGUCGUAGGUACUUCUGUGGUGCAAGUCACAGCUACAGAUGCCGAUGACCCUUCCUACGGAAACAGCGCCAGAGUCAUUUACAGCAUACUCCAAGGGCAGCCGUAUUUCUCUGUGGAGCCCGAAACAGGUAUCAUCAGGACUGCUUUGCCAAACAUGAACAGAGAAAACAGGGAGCAAUAUCAAGUGGUUAUCCAGGCCAAGGACAUGGGCGGCCAGAUGGGAGGCUUAUCGGGGACUACCACCGUGAACAUCACACUGACAGAUGUCAAUGACAAUCCACCUCGCUUCCCCCAGAACACCAUCCAUCUUCGAGUACUUGAAUCCUCCCCAGUUGGCACAGCUGUUGGAAGUGUAAAAGCAACUGAUGCUGACACUGGAAAAAAUGCUGAAGUUGAAUACCGAAUUAUUGAUGGUGAUGGGACUGACAUGUUUGACAUCAUAACUGAGAAGGACACACAGGAAGGCAUCAUAACUGUGAAAAAGCCACUUGACUAUGAGAGCCGAAGACUUUACACUCUGAAGGUGGAAGCAGAAAAUACCCACGUGGAUCCACGAUUUUAUUACCUAGGACCGUUUAAAGAUACAACGAUUGUCAAAAUCUCUAUAGAAGAUGUGGACGAGCCUCCCGUUUUUAGCAGAUCCUCCUAUCUGUUUGAGGUUCAUGAAGAUAUUGAAGUGGGCACAAUCAUUGGGACUGUAAUGGCAAGGGACCCAGAUUCGACUUCCAGCGCCAUUAGAUUUUCCUUGGAUCGUCAUACUGACCUUGACAGGAUCUUCAAUAUACAUUCUGGAAAUGGAUCCCUUUAUAUAUCAAAGCCACUUGACCGUGAACUAUCUCAAUGGCACAAUCUUACCAUUAUAGCUGCUGAAAUCAACAAUCCCAAAGAGAUGACCCGUGUGGCUGUUUUUGUGAGAAUCUUGGAUGUUAAUGACAAUGCCCCACAAUUUGCUGUCUUCUAUGACACUUUUGUAUGUGAAAAUGCCAGACCAGGACAGGUGAGUAAUCCCAGGCUCAUACAGACUAUUAGUGCAGUAGACAAAGACGACCCUUUAGGUGGACAGAAAUUUUUCUUCAGUUUAGCUGCUGUCAAUCCAAACUUCACAGUACAGGACAAUGAAGAUAAUACUGCCAGAAUUUUAACCAGAAAAAAUGGAUUCAAUAGACAUGAAAUAAGCACCUAUCUCUUGCCGGUGGUGAUAUCAGACAAUGAUUACCCAAUUCAGAGCAGCACGGGCACGCUGACCAUCCGCGUGUGCGCAUGCGACGGCCAGGGCAACAUGCAGUCCUGCAGCGCCGAAGCCCUGCUGCUGCCCGCCGGCCUCAGCACCGGCGCCCUGAUCGCCAUCCUGCUCUGCAUCAUCAUCCUGCUGGUUAUAGUAGUACUGUUUGCAGCUCUGAAAAGACAGCGGAAAAAAGAACCUCUGAUCUUGUCUAAGGAAGACAUCAGAGACAACAUCGUGAGCUAUAACGACGAGGGGGGCGGAGAGGAGGACACCCAGGCCUUUGAUAUCGGCACCCUGAGGAACCCCGCGGCCAUCGAGGAAAAGAAGCUGCGGCGGGACAUCAUUCCGGAGACUUUAUUCAUACCCCGAAGGACUCCCACCGCGCCAGACAACACGGAUGUCCGGGAUUUCAUUAAUGAAAGGCUGAAAGAGCAUGACCUCGACCCCACCGCGCCUCCCUACGACUCACUUGCAACCUAUGCCUACGAAGGGAACGAUUCCGUGGCGGAAUCUCUGAGCUCGUUGGAAUCAGGGACCACGGAUGGAGACCAAAACUAUGAUUUCCUCCGGGAGUGGGGCCCUCGGUUCAAUAAGCUGGCGGAGAUGUAUGGUGGCGGGGAAAGCGACAAAGACUCCUAACCUAGGGUAUCUAUUCUGUUCAAAC